AUGAAUAACAACUUGAAAAACAAGAAGUUAAAAGAUAUAUCUGGCAAAAGCUACCUGACUUGGGUUCUUGAUGCCGAAAUUUAUCUUGAUGUGAUGGGUCUGGCAGACACCAUCAAAGAUAAAAAUCAAGCAUCGAAUCAAGACCGUGUCAAGGCAAUGAUAUUCCUCCGCCAUCACCUUGAUGAGAGCUUGAAAAUGGAAUAUCUCACUGUUAAAGAUCCUCUUAUGCUGUGGAAUAAUUUGAAAGAUAGAUAUGACUACCUGAAGAUGGUUGUGCUUCCACAAACACAUUUUGAUUGGAUCCAUUUGAGGCUACAAGAUUUUAAAUCUAUCUGUGCAUAUAAUUCUGCCAUGUUUAAAAUUAUUUCUCAGUUAAAAUUAUGUGGUGAAAAUAUCACUAAUCAUGAUAUCUUUGGAGAAAACAUUCUCCAUUUUUCCUGCCUCGAGUAUGCUCCUGCAGCAGCAAUACCGAGAAAUGAGGUUCAAGAAAUAUUCUGA